ACAUGAAUGCAACAAUGGCUAAGGCAUGCGAUGCGGAUAUUAUUAAUAUUAAGGCCGAGAGAAUCAGUAAAGAAUUGGCUAUUUUGUAUCUGACCGCUGGUUGUAAUAUCCUUCUUCUCAUUUUGAAUAUCACUAUUCUUUUUGCAAUUAUCAGUUAUAUGAAACCAGCGAUUUCGGAAAUUCGAAAGCAGACAUUCAUCAUUAUGGAUUGUAUUCUUCUCACCUACAUUCCAAAUGGAAUUCGUGAUAUUUUGGGGUGUAAACCAGAACUGAAGCUCGAGAAAAGACAGAAAGAUACUGGAAAAACUGGAAAACCCGGAAAGACUGGAAAAGGAAAGAAAGCAUCGACAACUUCAAAAUCAAAGAAAUCGACGACUGGAAGAGGAACUACAAAGACUGGAACAAUGAAUACAAUGGGAGCAGCAACUAAAAGUGAUUAGAUUCAAAUAUCGAAAGAGAGAAAUAAAUAGUUUUGUUUUAUU